UUGACUAGCCACAAAAUUAAAGAAAUUACAAGGUGGGGAGGGGGAGAUUUUCGGGCACAACACCGGUCGGUGGAACGAAGAUGGCCGCUGAAAGCGAUGUGCUGUCUGAGAUUGAGGUUCUCCAGUCCAUCUAUCUGGAUGAGCUGCAGAUUAACAGGAGAGAUGAUGGGGGAUGGGAGGUGAGUCUGGUUCUAUAUCCCUCCACGGGUGAAGAUUCCUUCUCUCAGUUUGUGCGACUCACCCUGACUUUGACUCUCGACUUGCAGUAUCCCUGCUCUCCUCCCUCCAUUUCCAUCCACAACCCUCGGGGUCUUUCUGAUGACAAGCUGUGCAGUGUGCAGAAAUGUCUGCAGAAAGAGGCGGUGUCCUGCCUGGGUUCCGCUGUGUUGUACCAGCUCAUUGAGAAAGCCAAAGAGAUCCUGACAGAGAGCAAUAUUCCCCAUGGGAACUGCGUCAUCUGCCUUUACGGGUUUAAAGAUGGGGAGGCGUUCACCAAGACCAGAUGCUACCAUUAUUUCCACUCCCACUGCCUAGGCUGCUAUAUCAUGCACUCUGAGACUGAGCUCCAGGAGAGGGAGAAGGAGCUGGAGCAGGACAAGACACGGGAGAGGACCGAUGAGGAGCUAACGGUUGUGUGUCCCGUGUGUAGAGAACCUCUGACUUACAACGUUGACCAGCUCCUGUCCAAUCCCGCCCCUAGCUUUCCAAAGCUGGAGGGAGCGGUGAUGGGGGUGGAGUUUCGGCAGAAGUGGGCUGAGCUCCAGAACCUUUUGGAGCGUCAGAAAGCAAAAGGCGGGAUUAUCGACACAGAGGCGGAGUCUAACCGCUUCCUCAUACAUAUUAAUGAGCCACCUCCUGACUCAGACAAUGUCAGCGCUGAUGGGAAUGCCUCUCCCAGCCAAUCACUGCCCUCCCUUCCCCCUGCCUCCACCAAUCAGAUCACAGCACCAAAGCUGCAACACGCUGGCCACUCACAUCGCAGGGGAGGGCUAGGUCACCAGUACCGUCACCAAGUGCCGCAGGGCCACUUCAGGGGCCCCAGGAGGGGAGGGAGAGGCAGGCCAGAGGCGGGGCGAGGCAGGCCCCACACCCACCCAGGGACACCUGUCCCCCCCACUGACCAUCUGGACAAACUCUCUCUGUCCUCAGAGAAACAUGACAACCUUUACAGUGCUCCUCCUGACAACUUUCACAACGCACCAAUCAAAGCCAGACUUCAGGAGAACUCUAGCCACCCAGACCUGGGACAAGCACAGUUAAGCCAAUUGGAGAAGGAAGAAGGGGAGGGACGUACGGAGCUAGGCCUACAAGAGGCUCCAGUUCCUAAAGACGGUCAGCCAAUAAGCAAAUCAAGCCUGGACACUUCUAAAAUAGACAUCCCACCUAGCAACGGCAUUGAAAUGGAGCCUGGGCGAGGCCAUAGGGAGAGAGGAAGGAGGAGGGUCCCUCGCGGUUCAGUGCAACAGCCUGACCAAUGGCAAGAGAGGCAUUUCAGAGGAACAGACCAAUGGGAUGCUCGGGGGAGCGGGUGCCAUCACUACUGGGACGGGCGAGGUCAGCCAAGCAGGGGAGUUGCCAACUACCCCCGUAGCAGAGAAGGCAGAGCUCACAUGGCUGGUGGGAGGGGCUUCCAUCAGAGUGUGGUAGAGGGAGAUGUGGGGAGAGAUGCUGCUGCUCUAUGACAAAGGGACAAAGGAGGAACUAAGAACAACUAUGUCUGUACCUCCAUUUACAUUCUCGACACACCUAAAAUAAAGCUUUGCACUGUCUGGCACCUAAAUGAA